AUUAGUCAUGAAUUCAGAACCCUGAAAAUAUCAAUUUCAUAGGGAUUUUAAGAUCUCUAAUUGUGAGAGUGGUCUUUUUAUAGUUAUACACGUUAUUUUUGUAAAUUUUUGCUGAUUUUUAAUCCUUUUUCUUUAAAGUUAACGAUUUUUUUGUUUUAAAAAACAAUCUUAAUUUAGUGUAAAGAAAAAUCUUCAUCAAACGCAGUUGAUCGUGUUAUUUUUUGUCAAGAUCAUCGCCUUUUAACAAUAUCUGCAGAUCCUGUCUUUCUUGUUUUCUUUUGGACAAGUUAUAAUCAAACCCUAAAUGGAAGCAAUUUUUGCAGCAGCAGAUCACCAUCAUCAUCAAUCAAUCUCUCCUUACAAGCAGCAAAUCAAGAACCCAUCGAAGAGAAACAAUAAUAUUUCUCGAGGUUUCAUUUCAAGAUCCGCUGAGAAUUCACCUCCGCCAAUCAACAACAGCAUCUAUGGAGGCGUUUUAUUUUCUGCUCCGCCGUCUCUUUCUAAUUUCUCACCCUAUUAUCCGUUAGGGCUUUAUCCAAACCCACAGCAAAAUUUUCAUCAUAAACAACCGCCUCUUCUUCCUCUUCCCAUCUCAAGAUCUCACAGCUCGCUUCCGUCUCCAACCCGAAACGUUUCUUACUCUCCAAAUAGAAAAACAAACCGUCCCAAAUAUCAGUCUCUCCCUUUAAAUAAACCGAAACAGCCUCCCAUGAUCACCGAAUUAAAACGAGAUUUAAAACCAUCUACCAAUAAAAUUUCUUCCACUACUGUUCCAUUAGGACCAAACCCUAAUAUGUUAUCCAAAAAUGUUUCUAAAGGUGUUGAUAUUAAUAAUAAUCUUGGUGUCAGAGAUUGGGAUCAGUUUACAGGCUCUUCAGUUUAUACAAUAUCUCCACCACCCAGUAGCUUACCUAUGCCUAAGUUUUCAGUCAGGCCAAAAACUCUCAGUUGCACUGCAGAAGCUGCCGCGACAGACGCCGGAGCAACUGACAAUCUCAGGCGACUUCUACGACUCCGUUCAAUUAAUUGAAUAACUUCAGUUGAUAAUAUGAAGGAUCCUGUGUGAAUAUUAAUGGUGGAAAGUCGGUUGGCUCGUAAUGUCUUUAACUUUUUUUUCUUGUUUUUAGUGAGUGAGUGGAGAUUAAGUUGGUGAACACUUUACCUGUGAUUUUUUGAGUUAGGGGGUGCACAAAUUAGCCAACUUCAAAGCAGAUUAAAGAAUUAUUCUGCUGGUCCAUCUUUUGAUAAUUUCUUCAGUUUCUUGUUUUUUUUCUACGUUGAUUUUAAAUAAAUAUAGUAAGGUUUUCUCAA